AUGGAUGAGAAUAACAGGAUAACGAUUACCGUGUGCGGAGAUGGUGGUUGCGAAGACUCCUACUCCGUAACCAGAACCGUCGAUGGCGUUCCUUAUUACCUCAUGCUCACCGACACCGCCGGACAGGAAGAAUACCGCGGUCUCUGGGCCGCCUCGAACCUCCAAUCCGAUGCAUUCCUCCUCGUCUACGACAUCACAUCGGCAAACUCGCUCGACGCGCUGGAUUACUUCAUGGAGAUGAUUGAUAUGGAAACCGACAACCGGCUAGACAAUGGCAAAAUACCGCCAAUCAAGUGCGUGGUGGGAAACAAGUGCGAUUUGCAAGGACAAAGAGUGAUAGAGGCUAAGAAGGGUCUUGAGUGGGCAAGGCAAAGAAAAUGCGGCUUCAUGGAGACAAGUGCAAGGGAGAUGGUGAAUAUCGAAGAGACAUUUGCUCUGCUUGUACGCCGCGUUGUAGAAGCACGGAGACUAACUGGGGGAGAUGGCGCUGCGAAUCGGAACAUGGCCUACUCAAUGUCAAACAACCUAAACGCGGACGGAGCGUAUCAACAAAACGAAAAAGAUGACGACGAGCCAAAACAGAGCUGGUGGUCGAAACUCAAAUGCUGGUAG